UUUGCUUUUGAAGUGCUCAACCAUCUGUGAGACUCUAUCCCCUUCCUUCCCUUUUGGGAUAUUAUUAUUUCGCCGCGUGGAGAGAUGUCGCCGCUCUUUCGCCGGAAGUCAAUCGGGAUCCACCGCUACUCCUAACUUCAAUCCCUUUUUUUCCUGCUGUAACUAUGAAGCUGAAAAGGUGAAAGCUUUUAGUUAAUUGGGGAUUCUGUUAGGUUCUAGGGUUUUAUCAGCUUUUUGAUUUGAUGGAGCCGAGAGUGGGAAACAAGUUUCGGCUCGGGAGGAAGAUCGGCAGUGGAUCGUUUGGAGAGAUCUAUCUUGGUACGAAUAUACAGACGAAUGAAGAAGUUGCCAUUAAACUUGAAAAUGUGAAAACUAAGCAUCCUCAGUUGCUUUAUGAAUCAAAAUUGUAUAAAGUAUUACAGGGAGGAACCGGUGUUCCAAACGUUAAAUGGUAUGGUACUGAAGGGGACUAUAACGUCCUUGUGAUAGACUUGCUGGGGCCUAGCCUUGAAGAUCUAUUCAACUUCUGUAGUAGGAAACUCUCACUUAAGACUGUACUGAUGCUUGCAGAUCAAAUGAUCAAUCGCAUUGAAUUUGUUCAUCAGAAGUCAUUUCUACACCGGGACAUCAAGCCUGACAACUUUCUGAUGGGUCUCGGAAGGCGCGCAAAUCAGGUAUAUGUCAUCGACUUUGGUCUGGCAAAGAAGUAUCGAGACUCAAAUAAUCAGCAUAUUCCGUACAGGGAAAACAAAAACUUGACUGGAACGGCUAGAUACGCCAGCAUGAACACUCACCUUGGCAUAGAACAAAGUCGUAGAGAUGAUUUGGAGUCACUUGGAUUUGUUCUCAUGUACUUCUUAAAAGGAAGUCUUCCUUGGCAAGGACUGAAAGCUGGCAAUAAGAAGCAAAAGUAUGAGAGAAUCAGUGAAAAGAAAGUAUCGACAUCUAUUGAGUCUUUGUGUCGAGGAUAUCCAUCUGAAUUCGCUUCUUACUUCCAUUACUGCCGCUCCCUGAGAUUUGACGACAAGCCAGACUAUGCCUACCUGAAGCGACUUUUCCGUGACCUGUUUAUUCGCGAAGGCUUCCAGUUUGAUUAUGUAUUUGAUUGGACAAUCUUGAAGUAUCAGCAAUCACAGAUUUCUGCUCCGCCUCCCCGUCCCCACGGCGCUGGAGUUGGUCCUAGCUCUGGCUUACCCCCUGCUAUCGCUAGUGCUGAGAGACCAUCAGGUGGCGAGGAAGUUAGACCUUCUGGUUGGUUAUUAGGGAACCCUAGACGAAGUUCUGGACAUAUUUUUAACUCAGGAAGCUCUGCUAAACAAAAGGCUCCAGUUUCAAGUGAUCCUGCAAUAUCUAAAGAUGUAGUGUUAUCAAGCUCUAGCUUUCUCCGUGCAACUGGAUCAUCAAGACGUGCUACUGUCUCCAGUAGUCGCGAGCCUGCAGUUCCUGGAACUGACUCUGAGCCAUCGAAACCUCAAAACAUUGAAGCUGGAUCAAGCUCCAACCCAAAGAUCCAUGGUGGUCGAAGCUCACCUAUCGUCUCAUCUGAUAACAACAAGCUAUCAUCUCCCUCAAGGGGGAAUACUUCAGUGAUGAAGAACUAUGAGUCCAACCUUAAAGGGAUCGAGAGUCUGCAUUUUUAGUCUCUGCUGGGGAUCACUGAACCAGUGAAUGAUCGUUGAACUCCCCCGGGACAGAGUGUAAAUUAAAAGACAAAAGAAAACCUUUGUUAGGCUCUCUCCCCAUGUAUUACGUGCAUUUGUGUUUACGGGGAGAUAUAAGCACUCUCAAAUAACAAAGAUAAAGAAAGACUCUGAAGAAGUGAUUCCAGAGAAACACAAACUCAAAGAGGAUGAGAUCAAGGAGACUAAAGACUUGAAACACUCUUUAAGUCCUCAUUUGUUAUUUUCUUAAUGUCUGUUUGUAUUUGUGUCGUUUGGUAUUGCAAAGUUAAAAUUCUUUCGUGUCUCAAAGAGAUUUGAAGUGUCAGGCACAAAAGAAGGGUUUUUCUUAUAUUUUCAUCUACUCGUGUUUACAGCA